GGGGUGGAGAGGUGGUGUAAACUGCCUAGGUGUUGCCAAUGACGCCCGCAUAAAAGAUCCUCACCAAGUCCUCUCACCUCAUACGCGACACCGCCAGAAUGAUCAUCAGUCAUUGUCAUACACAGAUGUGGCUGUUGGUAGUAGCAGUAGCAGUAUCACCGGGGGUGUCAGGGUCAGAGACCUCACACCGAUCCGAGGCCCAGUCCCAGACCCUCCAGGCCCUCCACUGUCCGCCCUGUGAGAGGAUCCACUGCACCCACCGCCGGGCCCUGAAGCUCCAGUGUAAAGGUGGCCUGACCACUGGGGUCUGUGGCUGCUGCCCAGCCUGUGCCAGGACAGCUGGGGAGAGCUGUGGUGGGACCUGGGACUACCUGGGCAAGUGUGACGAGGGGCUGGUGUGUGUCUACCAGGAGUCUGUCUCGGCUGCUGAGGGAAUACCAGACGUAGAGGAACGUAAAGGUAUCUGUAAAGCAGUGCUGGAGACCCUGGAUGUGGAGUCCUGUCGCCCAGAAUGCACCUGGGAAUACUGUCAGGCCAAUCCUAAUGAGGUGUGCUCUGCCAGGUCAGUGUCCCUGGAGAAGCAGGAGUGUCAUGGUACCUGCCAGCACACGUCAUGCUCCAGCUGUCUGGUCUUGAGACCCCCAUCCUCAGCCUCCUGCCCACAGACCUGUGCCCCCUCAGACCCCACCUGCCUGCACCGCUUUGGGAGGUGUGUUCACAACCACCUGGCCGAGCCCCACCGUCACCACCACCACCCCAUCUGCCACCACAACCUACAGAGUAAUGCGGAGGGGUAUUUUGUGUGCUUGGUGCCUGGAUGCCUGAACUGAUGCUUUGAGAAGAAACUCCUGACUAAAAUGUUCACUGAUACAGUGUGUUACAGAUACUGAAUGGCAGCUAUUUUCAAAUACAUUAUUUGAAUAACUUGACAAUCAUUUUGUGUGUGUGUGUGUGUGUGUGUGUGUGUGUGUGUGUGUGUGUGUGUGUGUGUGUGUGUGUGUGUGUGUGUGUGUGUGUGUGUGUGUGUGUGUGUGUGUGUGUGUGUGUGUGUGUGUGUGUGUGUGUGUGUGUGUGUGUGUGUGUGUGUGUGUGUGUGUGUGUGUUAUAUACAUUGCCUGUGUACAUUUGUCAACGUGAUAAAUUGACCGCAUCUUGAAUUUUGUGAAUAAAAAAGAUUUUUUUGUUGUA